CCAGACCCCUUCCCAAAGAAACCGGUUCGAGCCCGUCACCUCCUCCGCCACUCUCUCGUCUCCAUCGAAAGUACGAUCCUCUCCCUCCCUCUCGCUAACCCUUUUUCUUCUUUCUCGUGACCGUACCAACGACCGCUUUCUCUCUCUGCAAUCUCUCUCUCUCCCCCACUUCAAUCCGAACGCGAGUCUUUCAGCUUCUUGUCAAUGGUCCGCAUUUCGAGUCCCUUAGAACCCUAGGGUUUCGCUUCUAUCCAUUUUUUUUCUUCCUACGGCUGAUGGACGGAGCUAAUCACGGCGGCACCGCAGAAGAGUCCACGAGCGGCGGCGGGAAGCCGACUCCGGCGCCGAUGCCGAGUGCCAACUCCCCGCCGCCGUUCCUCAGCAAGACCUACGACAUGGUGGACGAUCCUGCCACGGACUCGAUCGUCUCGUGGAGCCCUACCAAUAACAGCUUCGUGGUGUGGAACCCUCCCGAGUUCGCUAGGGACCUCUUGCCCAAGUACUUCAAGCACAAUAACUUCUCCAGCUUCGUCAGGCAGCUCAACACUUAUGGAUUCAGAAAAGUUGAUCCUGAUCGCUGGGAAUUUGCAAAUGAGGGCUUCCUAAGGGGCCAGAAGCACCUGCUAAAGAGUAUAAGCAGAAGAAAGCCUGCUCAUGGACAAAGCAAUCAACAGUCAGUGCAAUCCCAUGGACAGAGCUCCUCAGUCGGAGCCUGUGUUGAGGUCGGGAAGUUUGGACUCGAGGAAGAGGUUGAGAGGCUCAAGAGGGAUAAAAAUGUCCUUAUGCAGGAACUCGUUAGGCUGAGGCAGCAGCAGCAAGCUACUGAUGGCCAACUACAGACAAUGGUUCAACGCCUUCAUGGGAUGGAGCAGAGACAGCAGCAGAUGAUGUCUUUCCUUGCAAAGGCGAUGCAAAAUCCUGGUUUCUUAGCUCAGUUUGUUCAGCAGCAAAACGAGGGCGGUAGGCGAAUUAGCGAAGCCAAUAAGAAGCGGAGGCUGAGGCAAGAAGGCAUAUCUGAGAGUGAACCUACAGGUACACCAGAUGGGCAGAUUGUCAAGUACCAGCCCCUGGUGAAUGAGGCGGCGAAGAUGUUCAAGCAGUUUAUGAAGGCGGAAGCUUCUCCCCGGAUAGAAUCUUUUGACAAGAACCCUGAUAGUUUUCUUCUCGGGGAUGGUUCUUCUUCAUCAGUGGGAGUUGACUGUGGGAGCUCCUCAAGCCGCAUAUCUUCUGUGACUCUUCAGGAGGUCCCGCCAACUUCAGGGCAGAUGUCCUGUAUGCCCGCAGUAUCUGAGGUGCAAUCCUCUCCUCCAACUGGGCAAUUUCCUGGUAUGGGUGCAAUGGUGGGCCAACAAGAUAGUAAAGGCACCUCUUCCAUUCCUCAGGCAGAUAUAGCAAUGCCCGAGCUUUCUCAAAUACCAGAUGUAACCCCAGAAAGCAUUAUUGAUCUUCCAGGAGAUGAUUUUCUGGACCCGGCGCAGUUUGUAAUGGAUGGGCCUGUUCCCCUAGACAUUGAUGUCAUUCCUACUGAUCCCGAUAUUGACUCAUUUUUGGAGAACUCUGCUUUUUGGGAAGACAUUCUCGAACAAAGCCCUGUGCCUGAUGAUGAAUCUCCUUCAGUCGAGGGCAAUCCCAGGGAGAGCGAUGGUUGUCCUAAAGAGAAUGGGUGGGACAAGACGCAGCACAUGGAUCAGCUUACUGAGCAGAUGGGCCUUCUGACUUCUAAUACCAAGAGGGUCUAGAUGACCCUAACUUAUCAUUCACAGAAUCACCGAGGUGAGCUCUAAGAAGCGAAAGACCAGUCAUGGUUUUUUUUUUCCGGAUCUUCAUGCCCGUUUUUUUUUGUUCUGGGUUUUUCGCUGCGACAUGGGGAUCCUGCGCUCUAGAUGGAUUCCUCCUUUCCUUUGUUAAAUCU